AUGGGCAAUGCUACUUCCGUGGCGGCUGGUCCUCCUGGCCUCUCGGCUAUGUUUGGGUCGGGCUUUCAGCAGCAGGCCAUGCAGAUGAUGCAAACUAUGAUGGAGGCAAUGAUGAGUAAAAUGAUGGCGGCUUUCUUCGGUGGUGACCAAUGGAUGUCUGGGGCGACAGCGUUGGGCUCCUCGAAGGGGAAAGGCUCGCAUGGGCAGAAGGGGUCGGGUGGCGGCUCGCUGAGCACACCCAAUGGAUCCGCUCCUGCUCCCGUGGCGCCGGCCAAGGGCGCAAAGGGUCAUGAGUUCGCCAAAGGCAAGUCCAAGGGCACGGACAGCAAGGGCGGCACAAGUGGAUUGGACAUUGACUUCGCCAAGGGCAAGGACGGCUCGAAGGGCGAGGGCUCCAGCAAAGGUUCGGCUGGCAAGGCGGCCAAGGGAGGGAGCGACAAGCCACAGCAAUCGGGUGGCAAGGCAGGGAAAGGCAAAGGGCCCAAUGUCGAUGGGCCGGCUUCUGCGGGAGCAUUUGGCUCCAAGGGCAAGGGCAAGGGCAAGAAGGAGGACAGGCCGGGCGAUGAUUACCGAGCAGCCGGUGGAUGGGAAACAAUCGAGUGGCAUGCCAAACCUUCGGCCUUUGGGGCCAACCGGCUCGUCACCACCAUCUCGGCCCUCGAGGAUGCCCUGUCUGGCGAGGAGAAGUUCGUUGCUCAGUUCCAGGACCCCGUGUUUCAGGAGGCGGCGGAUAUGAUGGAGGGCGGCUGCCCCAAAGGAUGCAUCUUGAUUAAGGACGGCGAGGCCUGUGCGGCUUUGGAUGCAGUGCAGAAACAGUGGCCGGUGUGCAAGAAGCAUGUGCCGGGCUUGAUCAACGGGUCUACGCGGCUUCGGUGCGUUUGGGUGUGCACCUUCGACGCGGACUCGGCGACUUUGGCUCCGGCGGUUGGCUUCGUCAAGGCGGCGGCUCCGAGGACGAGGCGUCACACUGAUACUGUUGUGGUUCGGUGUGUUGCAUGGCAGAGCUUUGCGGAGGAGAAGGAGUUCAAGCAGCUCUUGAAGCGGCCGGGCCAGGUUGCACGGGCAUGGUUUGCGAAGGUCGCCCCGCUCCACAUCCAGGAGGUCAUCGACUCUUGGGGGUGGCAGGCCUAUGGAAAUGACCAAAUCCGAGGGCUGAUGCGCCUAACGAAAGAUGCUGCACAGGUGGCGCUGCGCAGCUCUGGCUGCUGGGCUUUGGGCGCCUCCCUCUUCUUUACGCCCCUCGACUGGGCGGCCGUUGAUGCUUCCGAGGCUCCUUCGUUGCUUUGGGUCGACCGCCACGACAACGAGGCCACUGGUGUCUACCUGGCGCGUGUGCGCAAAGAAGCUGACGUGCACGGGCUGCAGUGCGGAGGGGACAGGCUUGCGGUUCGCCUGGACCCGCUCGAUUCGAGGAUCUUGCCCCAGCGGGGCACCUGGCACUUGAGGGGCUCCAGCUCUGCAUGGAUUCCCGAGGACAUUGAGGCGCUGCUGGCUUCGGUCGGCUUCACCGAGGUGACGAUUGAGGCUAAGUUGCUGCGUCGUGGCCUUCCUGUUUGGGAGUUUCGUGCUGUGCGAGCAGACUUUCGGGACUUUGUGCCGAUCGAGCUUGAGGCGGGCGACGGGCUGGAGGAUGAUGCCGAGCCGAACAGGGUUCUUGAGGCUGCUAGGGUGGCCAGGCGUCGCAGACAAGGGGAGGCCCGCAGCUUGCCGGCAGAGAAGGUCGCCCGGUUCGGUGCCAUCAACAUUGACGAGUUGGUUCGGCACGUCGCAGCUCCCAAACGGAAGUCCAGGUUCAACAAGCCGCGGGCCAACGAAAGCUCGCAGGAGGCCGCCGAGACCCCCGAGGACAUGGUCAUCGACAAUGACGAGGGCAACGAGGGCACCGAGGAUGGUGGCGAGAAGGAGGCGGUUGUUGCAACGGCGGCCGGGCCGACCAAAGGGGUGACUUUGCCUCAAGGGGCCCAGGCGCACAAGAAUCCGGGUGGUGGUGAUUGCCUUUUCUACUGCCUUGCUGAGGUUCUUUCCGGGGUGCAAAAGAAGAGCCGGGGCCACCGACAGGUCAGGGCCGGAGUCGUCGCGUGGAUGGAGAAACACGUGGAGUUGCUGGAGCAGCACUGGGACCACCUGGGCCCGGACGGCGCGUACAUGGAUGGCACGUUCCUUGAGUACCUUAAGGCGGUGCGGCGCUCCGGGGCAUGGGCUGGCUGGCUUGAGCUCUACGCGGCGGGCGUUGCCGAGGACCUCAACAUCAUGAUCCUGACGCCGGGGGGUGUGGUGAAGUUCCCGGCCCGCAACGAGAUCGGCCACUACGAGGCGAUCACCAUGGACCAGAAGACCAUCGCUGCUAUGUGGCUGGCGUCUGGCUUGCACUUGUCGCAGUUCGACGGGGCUUCCGAGACCAGCGGUGGCACGGACAAGGUCGUGGACACCAACGGCCGGGGCCUUGCUCUUUCCGACUUCGCUUCCUCGGGGCGGCGAUCUGUGACUGGGGCUGGCUCUAGGGCUGCUGUGCAUGGUGGUCGGACCCCGCUUACCAUCGAUGACUGUGAGCCGCCUCUUUCUGGGCCGGCACCGCGACGCUUCUCUAAAUACCGCGAGCAGCAGGGCUUCCGGUGGCAAUGUGAGCUUUGUCCUUUUGCCACGGUGAAGAGCUCAUGUGCGGCUAUGUGCAAGGCGCGCUACAUGCAUUGCACCUGGAGUCACCAGGGUCAGGGUUUUCCGGGUGCUCGUGCUAUGCGUUUGGAUGUGUUUCAGCAGCUGUCUGAGGGAGCGGAGUUCGACUGGAACUGCCCGCUCUGCAACUGGGGGAUCCCCCUUGGUCAGCGUGGGCGGGUGUCGGCGGCGGCCUUCGGCACUGGCAGGGAACGGCAUCGUGCAAAGCAUCAUCGGCACUUGGAUCGCAAGGCUUACAUGAAGCGCUGCAAGGCCCAAGGACUUCGACGGCCCGAGUUUCUUAUGCGGGCGAGGGUGCGCAUGCUCAACGCGGGCAUGGCAAAGAGGGCGCGGGACAUGGGGGAUGAGCUGGAGCAGAACUGGCGGGCUUUCCAAUGGCCCUACGUCCUGUUCCAAAGGACGACCAAACGCUACAAGCUUUGUGUCAAGACCGCUUGGAGGUGCAAGGCAUGCGGGCUGUGCACCAGAGUGAAGAGAGAUCGGGCCCAGCAUGGCGGGCGUUGUGGGAUGGGUUGUGGGAACCUUGCGUACCACCGUGCAAAGCUCGAGAAGGACAGGGCCAAGGCCCGAACUUUCCACCGCGGCAUGGACGAUGCUCUCCUGGCUCAGGUCUUUGACAGUGCGCAUUUGGCGCUCGGCGGCGCUCAGCUGCCAUGA